GACUCCAAUAGAACAGUACAAAUUUGUGAUCAAAAUAUCGGAAAACUGCGUCCGUUGGAUAAAUUUUAUAGUCAGACCGACCACAACGAACUGUUGAAAGCUAUUGAAUAACACAGCCCCAAGAUGUCCGACCGCAAGGCAGUCAUCAAGAAUGCGGAUAUGAGCGAGGAGAUGCAGCAGGACGCUGUGGACUGUGCUACCCAGGCAUUGGAGAAGUACAACAUCGAGAAGGACAUUGCUGCCUACAUCAAGAAGGAGUUCGACAAGAAGUACAAUCCCACCUGGCACUGCAUCGUGGGUCGCAACUUCGGCUCCUAUGUGACCCAUGAGACGCGUCACUUCAUCUACUUCUAUUUGGGCCAAGUGGCCAUCUUGCUCUUCAAGAGCGGUUAGGACCGAGUAGAGCCAGUCAAAAUAUAGCUUAACCAAUACACACUUACCUAAUUGUUAUUGAAGCUAAGCACACACACACAUAUACACA